AUUAAAAUUUUAAUAUUAAUAUUUUUUGCUAAAAGUAUUUUUCUUGAAUUUGUACUUGUUGAUUGUAAAAAAUAUGAUGCAGAUAUACAAAAAGAGUAUCUAACAUAUUUUAAACAAGUAAUAAAUCACAUACGAAAUCAAAUAAUACAAUCAAAUCUGAAACACAUAUCAAUAAGAAAUGAAAAUGAUGAAAUUAUAAGUCUACAAGAAAAUCUAAAAAAUAGAUAUCAUAGUGUUAAUUAUUCAAUAAAAAUAUAUUAUAUAAUAGUUGAAUUAAUUAACUAUUUAUUUGUUGAAGUACUACAAAAAUUUACUGAACACUUGAUAAUCAUCAUAGAAAAUUGUGAACAUUUUUUUGAAAAAAAUUCAUUUCAAAAUGUAAUUUAUUGCGUAGUAGUACUUUUAAAUGCAGUUAAAAAAUCAAAUAAAAUGUUUGAAGAUUUAUACAAAGCGAUAACAUUUAUUGAUUACUUAGAUAUGAAAUUACUGAAUAUUUCAUUAACUCUUCCAAAAACGGUAGUAGAAGAAAUUUAUACCGUUAAACAUUAUACUUAUAAAAUGAAAACGUCAGAAAUUAUAAAUUAUGUAAAUAAUGACGAAAGUUUUAAUAUUGAAAAAGCUAAAGAAGAUUACGAAGAAAUAAAUAAUUUCGUCAAUAAUGUAGUUGCAAUAACACGUGAAUUUUUUAAAAACAAUAUUAAUAUUAUAAAUAAUGCAAGGGAAUUGAAUUUACGAGAACAUUACUAUGGUCAAUACAUUACUAAUAGUUGUAAUAUGGAGUUUGUCGAUUUUAUUAGUGAAAAUUUAAACAAUUACUAUUUAAAAACGAUUGAUGACUAUUACUUCAAAAUUGGAUUCUAUGAAUUACUUCAUCCUAGUAUAGCUGAGCUCACACCUCCUCAGAACAAUAACUUUCCUCAAAAUAGAGCGAUUGAAGUACUAAAUACUUUGUUCCACGAAGGAAAUUGGGAACGGUUAAAACAUAUAAGAAUUAUAGUUGAUGAUAAAAUAAUCACUACUAAUCGCAUUAUUAGAGACACUGUAAAUGAUUUUAAUUUUAGUCUAAAAAAAAAAUACUUUACUCUAAUGAUGCGAUGCAGAUACACUGAAAUAUUGAAAAAUUAUAAUACAUAUAUGAUCUCGGUAGUAAAAUCAUGCAAAAAUGAAAAGAUUAAAAGUAAUUUAAAAGGUUUUCUUGAUUGUAUUAAUAAUUUUCUUGAUGCGGUUCAUGAUUCAAAAAAAAUGUUUAAAAAUAUGUUGAUAGCUUUAGAUAUAUUAAAAGAUGAAUCAAUUUGGGAUAUUAAGGGUCAUGCACAUUCAUCAUUAAAUAAAAUAUAUAAUUUAUUAAGCAAUUUUUUUACCAUAAUUGAACAGCUUACGUCAACAAAACAAAAUUUGAUUAAUAUAUCUUUCAAUACACUAAUAAAACGUAAAUUUACUCUAAGGAUACGUGACCUAAAAGAUUUACGUUGCUCAAUUGAAGUUUUAGAAAAAAAAGAAUUAUUAAAAUUAUGGGAGACCGAAGUUAUGUUAUUUAAUUCUAACUUUAUAGACAGUCCAAUACUUAUGUAUGAAUACGCAUUGAAUCAAUUUACGACAUUUUGUGAUUUUGCUAUUAUAAGUGAAUUCGAUUAUUUAGGUUUUAAUAAAAUAAUUAGAAAUAAUUAAAUAUGUUUGUAAAAUGUAUUACAAAAUUUAUGUAGAAAUAUUUAAAUACAAUUUUUAUUUAUUAACAGGAUAAUGAUUUUUGGCGAAUUACAUUGUUGAUAAAUCA